CAAGGGAGACCACUUGCGGAUUCCUGCUGUGAGUCUGUGACCGUUGGUUCAAAGCUUGUAAGUCGGUUACUUGUGUCCAGAACGUUCGUUUGAGUGUGAUUGUGGUCAGUUUUGUCUCAAUAUUAUCACUUCACAGUUUCUUAUAUCUUUUAUACAUUUCUUAGGCUAGAACAGAUACACUUUCCAAAAUGAUUUCUUGCAUCACAGCUCGUCGUGCAUCGAUCGAGUCAUUUACAUGAACCCAGACAUGAAGGAUUGUAAAAGCAGUGAAGACAAACUCUUGUAAGCCAUGUGGAAUCUUUGAGAAGCUGGCAUGCCACCACAUAAAAUCAUAAUGGGACAUAAAAGGAAUGUCCAUCACAAAGCUGACUUCAAGCAACGAUUGAGUCUGAAACCUAUACAAACUUUUGAUAGGUCGGAUGUUAGGAUGCUGGACAUGUCAGCUGAAUCAGCUGUAGCUAAAACUGUAGCUAUUCCACGAAGCAUACCUCCCCAUCUUCUGAUGACCUCCAUUCUGGAACAGAUUUGCCACAGCUAUGUCAAGGACCCUGUUAAAGCACAGCAGCUAUUUAAAGUGAUCUGUGAACAGCUGAGCAAACUGAAGAUCAUCUCUCCACUGAGCUUUAUGGACGAAAUGCGGAGUCUGCGUGUGCAGCAUCGCAUGCUGUUUCAAAACUUGUUACGCAAGGCCUUGGAGUCCAUUAACAAGGAUGAACAGAUGUUGGCACUGCCUUCGGCUCUUAAUGUCAGAGUGGAACGCAUAUCAAGCAUAUCAGAGGAAGUGAUCAGUUCUCAGACCUCACGCUACAAAAGUGAAUUUGAGGAGCUUGGGAGACUUGGCAAAGGAGGCUAUGGUUUGGUAUAUAAGGCUCGCAAUCAUCUUGAUGGGCGGAUUUAUGCAGUAAAAAAAAUUCGUUUCCGUAAGAAGAACAUGGAAUCAUUACUGAGGUUGCUGAGAGAAGUGAAGGCACUGGCCAAACUGUCACACACCCAUAUUGUUGGUUAUAAUGGUGCUUGGAUGGAGUACGAUAGCCCACAUGCAUCAGGAGAGAGGGGACUGCUGAAGAGACAUCAGAGCUAUUCUAGUUCAAGCUCAAAGGACUUGUUUGAAGAUAAUGUGUUCUUUGAAAGUGUACAGUAUGUGAACAAAAAUGAAAACAGCACCCAACAUCAAGCAUCAUUUCACAGGAGUAUCAGCUGCAACAUGAACUCAAGUUCCAGCCGAGAAGACUUGCAGGUAUUAACUAAAGAACAAGGACUUAGGAUUGAACGCAACUACCAAUUCAAGCUUACCAUAACUCUGUACAUCCAAAUGGAACUGUGCACAUCUACACUCCAGGACUGGAUGACAGAGAGAAAUGCAAAGAUUGGAGCAGCAGAAGAACUUACACAGAACUGUAGGGAAAUCAUGCACAUUUUUCAUCAAAUUCUGCAAGGUGUGGACUACAUCCAUUCCAAUGGCAUGAUCCACAGGGAUCUAAAGCCUCGAAAUAUUUUCAUGCAAGCAGAUGGCCAUGUAAAGAUUGGAGACUUUGGCCUUGCCAAAGACUAUAUCAUGCAGACAUCGGCCGAAACAUUGUUAUCUCCAUCUCCGCAAUCAGAAGGAGAGGGAUUCUGGUUUGACAGUUCAGAUCACACACUGGGUGUGGGCACAAAGACCUAUGCAGCUCCAGAACAGAUGAAAGGCACUAUGUAUGACAGCAAGUGUGAUAUGUACAGUCUAGGAGUAAUUCUGUUUGAGAUGUGCCAGCACUUCAAGACUGAUAUGGAACGCAUUAAAACUAUAGAAGAACUCAGACGUGGAAAGCUACCUGACCAUUUUAUUUUGCACUGGAAACCCCAGACAGAAGCUGUGAAGAGUUUGACUGAUGUAAAUCCCUCAAAGCGACCUUCUGCAAAGGACCUGCUGAGAAGUCGGCUGUUUCUGACAGCUGAACAAAGAAUCAAGAUGCUUGAAGACACUGUAGCUGAAAAAGAUGCAGAGAUUAACCAGCUUCGCCAAGAGCUCAAGGAAAAGGAGAGGCAACUGCGAGAAAAGGUUGUACAACUGUCAGCAGAACGGAACAAGACUGGCAUGUUCCAGUUUCCUAACAGAUGAUAAUUGUAUUCUUGUUUAAUGGCACAAAAAAUAAUCAUCUCUUUCAUGUUGUCAUUCAUGGAGUUCUCAUUAUUUUGUUCUAUUAAUUGAUUCUUGCUUGCUGGCUGCCCUGAAUACCUUAUUCAGAAAGUACAGAACUCUACUGCACGUCUGGUGCUUAGAGCUAGGAAACGGGACCACACCAUUCCUCUCCUUCUUUUUCUACACUGGCUUCCCAUGCAUUCUCACAUCCAGUACGAACUAUCGGUGCUGUUUCUUUGCUGGCACCUGCUCUGAUUAUUUCUCUGAACUGCUCUUCCCUUAUAUCCCAGCUAGACAACUCUGCUCCUCGUCUCCUUACUCUUCCUGUCACUGCAAAGCAACAUAUGGCCACAGGAUUUUUAGUUAUUGUGCAGUGAAACAAUAGAACUCUCUCCCUGUAAGCUGUAAUCUCUAAGUGUGUGUUGGUUUGAAACAAAUGAUAAUCUGAACUGAAGAGUGUUAUAAAAUGUGUAAACAAUGGAGAUACGCAAGCAAGUUUCUAGUACAUGAAAAGAAUGUGAUGGUCUUAUUAUUUUGUUUGAAAAGCAUUUUAAGACAUUAAAAUACAGCUUUUGUGAUCCAUUUCCAUUCUUUUUAUGGGCCAAUAAAAAUGUAUAUUGAAAUGUU